AAGUGUAGGUCAACAGGUUUCUGAGCUUUGCCCUGAAAACAAAGCGAAACGUUCAUCUCUUAUGUUCCUUACCAGGUUAGUUACAGUUUUGUCUCCCAUGACCGCAGUGAUAAAACUCAGUUCCCUUUUUUCUACCGGAUGCUCCCAAAAGAAGACCACCAAUACACAGGGAUUGUCAAGCUGCUCCUGCAUUUCAGAUGGACGUGGAUCAGUCUCUUUGCCCCGGAAAAUGACAACGGAGAAAAGUUCCUGAGUGCCUUGACACCUAUACUUGCCUCAAAUGAUAUUUGUGUUGCUGUCUCACAGAGAUUCCCAGAAUUGAUUGUGCCUGACUUGUUUUUGACCAUUGAUUCAGCUCUCCCAUGGAAAGAUGUCAACGUAUUUGUUUACUAUGCAGAAAUCCGCUCUUUCUACAAUGGGAUAUACCUCUUAAAUAUAAUACUCAAACUGUUCAUACAGCCUAUCGAUGGGAAAGUUUGGAUCACAACAGCUUUGUGGGACCUCACUUCAACAUUGUCUGACAGCAAGUUUCUCUUCCAGCACAGCCACUGGUUUUUUUCCUUCUUAAUCCAGACGAAGAAUAUUCCAAAACAUGACAAUUUCAAGCUGAGUCACGUCGCUCCUUACUUGAAGAAGGCAUUUCAUUGUUUCUUUAAGAAGCAUGUGUUGUCUGUGAAAGAACGGGAAAGAUGUGAACAGAAAUUGCCCCUGGAUAUGCUCGCACCAGCUCUGUCCCAAGACAACUACAAUACUUACAGGAGUGUCCAUGCCCUGGCGCACGCCUUAAAUACUGCGUAUUCGUCCAGAUUCAAGUGGGUGAGGUUGGUUGGUGGAAGCAAGGUGGGACUUCAGAAGCUGCAAGCAUGGCAGCCGUUGCCCCCUUCAAGGUGCACCAGAAGCUGCCCUCCUGGGUAUGUCAAAGUGAUUCAAGAAGGGAAGCCGCUUUGCUGCUAUGCAUGUGCUCUGUGUGCUGAAGGGACCAUCUCCGCUCAGGAAGAUGCAAACCACUGCAAUGAAUGUCCAGAAGAUCAGUAUCCAAACAAGGAUCAAGAUCAAUGUGUGCCCAAGAUUAUCACUUUCCUAUCCUUUAACAAAUAUUUGGGGAUUCUCUUGGCUUCUGUUGCAAUAUACUUGACCUUUACCACGGGAUUUAUUUUAGGAAUCUUCAUUAAGUACAAAGAAACUCCUAUUGUCAAAGCCAACAACAGGGACCUCUCCUACAUCCUCCUCAUCUCCCUCCUGCUUUCCUUUUUGUCCUCCUUCCUCUUCAUUGGCCGGCCAAGGAAAGUGACCUGCUUUCUCCGACAAACAGCCUUCAGCAUCAUCUUCUCUGUUGCCGUCUCUUCCGUGUUGGCCAAAACCAUCACUGUGGUUCUGGCCUUCCUGGCCACAAAGCCAGGGAACAGGACGAGGAGAUGGCUGGGGAAGAGUCUCACCAACUCCAUUGUCCUUUCCUGCUCCAGUGUCCAAGUUGUCAUCUGCAGCAUCUGGCUGGGCAUGUCUCCCCCUUUCCCGGAGUCUGACAUGCACUCCCAGCCCCAAGAGAUCAUCCUGCAAUGCAAUGAAGGAUCUGUUGCCAUGUUUUAUGGUUCCCUUGGCUACAUGGGCUUCCUGGCGGCCAUCUGCUUCACGGUGGCUUUCCUAGCCAGAAAGCUUCCCGGGUCCUUCAACGAAGCCAAGCUGAUCACCUUCAGCAUGCUGGUCUUCUGCAGCGUUUGGUUGUCCUUUGUGCCUACUUACCUGAGCACCAAGGGGAAAUACAUGGUAGCCGUGCAGGUCUUCUCUAUCUUGGCCUCCAGUGCUGGGCUUCUAGGAUGCAUCUUCCUCCCCAAGUGCUACAUCAUUAUACUGAGACCUGAUCUGAACACGAAGGAGCAUCUGACCACAAAAAUGAGAUAAGGCAUCUGAUUUUGU